AAAUUCAACACUCAACAAUUUCCUAAGUCUCAACAAUAACAAACAAUAAUGCUAGCUUUCUUGUGCCUUAUUUUGCACCUAGCCAGUGCCUAUGGUUCCACAUCCAAAGGGAAAAGCAUAAUCUUACUAGCCGGACAAAGCAACAUGUCGGGCCGAGGCGGCGUGCACAACAACACAUGGGAUGGGGUUGUUCCUCUUCAAUCCCAACCCAAUCCAUCUAUCCUACGUCUAACCGCUAAUCUCACUUGGGUUGAAGCGCGCGAGCCUCUCCACAAGGACAUUGAUGUCCAUGCAACGUGUGGAGUAGGUCCCGGGAUGGCCUUUGCUAACAGGCUGUUGCAAAGAGAUCCUGGCUUGGGUCCAUUGGGUUUGGUUCCAUGUGCGGUUGGUGGUCCGAGAGGGACCAGCAUUAGCGAGUGGGGACGAGGGACGUUUUUGUACAAGCAGCUUUUGAGGAGGGCUAAGGUGGCUCGAAGAGACGGUGGUUCGAUUAGUGGAAUGUUGUGGUAUCAAGGGGAAAGUGACACGGUUAGUGAAGUGGAUGCAAGGAUGUACAAGAUGAGGCUGGUGAAUUUAUUCAGGAAUCUGCGUGCUGAUCUUGGAACUCCUUUACUUCCAAUUGUUCAUGUGGCUAUAGCUUCAGCUAACGGACCCUACAUAGAAAUCGUGAGAAAAGCACAACUGGGAAUAACGCUUCCGAAAGUGAGGUGUGUAGACGCCAAAGGCUUGCCGUUGUUAGAAGAUAAGCGGCACCUUAGCACCCUGGCUCAGGAGCGCCUUGGUCUGAUGUUAGCCGAUGCCUUCCUCGCUCUAAAAAGAUGUGGCCUCACCAAGCAAAAAUAUGCAUAUCAGUCCAUCUAAAUACUAAUUAGGGAUGUCUAUAUUAAAAUGCAAUACUAUAAUUAUGACAUGCAUGGUGUGUUGUUUUUCAAAUUAUAGAACAAUAAAUAAUGAACUUUAUUUCAAGAAUAAAUAUGCAUGUCUAUGGAUACAUGUGUCAUGU